AUGGCAUCACUAUCCUCGUCCACAGCAACAGAGCGUGUGAUACUGUCUUCGUCUUCUCCCUUUUCUCCCGUCCUUCCUCCUGCCGCUUCCGACGAAGCGCUCUUCUCUCCUGAGCUCUCCUGUAGCCGCCAGCCUGCGUCCCCCGCUUCGCUUCCUCGCGCGUCGCCCGAGGCGUGUGCGGCGAAAGAGUUCCCUGGAGCGCCCAACUCCACGCUGAGCAGCUCCUCUCCUCUCUCAGGGAGUCCAAGUUCCUCGAGCCUGUCGAUUCUCGACGAUGACGCAGCCGGAGUCUUAGAGGCAACAGCGGCGUUCCUCGUAGCUUCUCCGGAUUCCGACGCCCCCCGUGGCGAUUCCUCUUCCAGCACAUCUACGCCGCCGCCCCAGUGUCCCUGCCAAGAGCCUCUCAGACCGUUUCACGCGAGCGCGGUCCGUGUCGAGGAAACGAGCGACAGCAGCUCGACGGGACCCCCGAGACCCGGUCCGGGUGUCGCGGGAAGUGCCUCGAUGUCGGCAAACAGCAAAAUGGAGGGUUUCGAGAUCAGCGGGACUUCUCUCGCUGGCGGACGCGACGCCACAGAGUGGAAGCACGUGCCGACCCAAACGAAGGAAGAACAGACAGCUCGGUUUGCGUCUCGGGAGACAGACCGAGCGCCUUCUCCGUCGGAGGAUUCCCAGAGGUUGUCUGUUUCUUCGCCGCAACCUUCACGUCCUUCGUCUUCUCCCGAGCACGGGAAUCCAAACGCGUCGGAAAUCUGUCCCCCACAAGACACGCCACCCUCGCUUCCUGCCUCGGCGAGCGGCCCCGAGGCACCCAGCGCAGCUGGGUCUCACAGAGAGACUGGACGACUCGAACAGCAGACAGGGGCAGGGACAGAUCUCGCAUCUGAGGGCGCCAAGAGCACUGCACAGGAGACUGCGCUCGAAGCCUCCACGAUUUCGAAAGACGAUCGCCGGCGUUCGUCUGCCUCGUCGUCUUCGUCUUCCCUGGGGUCGUCUGCGAGUUUGGUCAGAGUGUUGAGCUCGAGCAGCUCGAGUUUGGGGCGCAGGGGCGACGAGGGCAGCCUUCUGCGGCUCUUUCAGUCCGAUUACUUUGACGCGUACUUCCACAUGUACUACUUGUUUCACAGGCAGGAACCGGGCGUCCACGAAUACUUGGUGAAUCUGCUGUACGUGAAGCGAACAGACGAAGACAUCAUCUUCUACCUCCCGCAACUCGUCCAGCUCUCGCUGGUCCGCUUCAAAACCUCGUCGCUUCACCGCUUUCUCCUCGACAAAGCGAGCAAAAGCAUGCACCUUGCUCUCAUGGCGUCUUGGCUCUACCAGUCAAUGGUGGAGGACAAAGUAGCAGGUUUGGAAGAGCCGGCGCAGAAGAUGACGCAGGAGGUGGAAAUGGCCGUUGUGAAUUGCAAACCGCUCGGCGCAGGAACACAGCAAAGCGGAUGGGGUCGGAAGGAAGAGAUGGAAGAACAGGGACAUGGCGAUCGAGGAGAGGAGAGAAGACGCAACUCCGAAAAUGAGUUCGCCGUUGAUCUUUUCAAAAGACGACGCAUCGUGCAACUGAUCCGCCAACAUCAGCAUGCGCUCCACGAGUCCCAGAGCGCAAAGGCUUGUUCCUCCGCGCCUUCGUCGCCUCUCCUACCGGGUGCUCUCUCCGCGGCGCCCAGUGAAACUCAGAGGGUGGCGACAGCCAGCUCAAGGGACGAAGGCAGGCCCUCCAGUGCUCUUUCGUCUCCGCAUUCUUCCUCUUUGUCCGAGACGUGUGAGUCUGUCCGUGGUCCGAGUUCGCGCGACGAGCACUCGCCUCCACCGACUGUCGAUUCAGAGGCUGCAGCUACGUCGCGUCUCUCUCAGUCGUCAGAUUCCGCAUCGUCUUUCCCGUCUCCCGAUGCGUCUGCGCGGCGCACGGCAGCUCCCUCGCUGCCUGUCUCGGCCUGUCCUGUGUCGCCUUCCUCAGCCGCGGGGUUUGCCCGCGGGUCUCUGCGGCGGCCCACGCUGUCUUCGGGCGCUCUGCGUCCGCGCAUUCCCGAGAGCCUGCGCCACUUGACGGGUCCGACGACGGUGUCAGGGGCGAAGGUGAAGUUGCCGUCGGUCUACGGGAAGCUGGGGAAUCCCCUCGCUCUCUCCACGCUGCAGCUGCUGCCCUUUUCGAGCACGGGCGCGGUGUCGCGACGCGAGGCGCGAGAGAAGGUGCGCAGCGGGGGGAGGUGUGAAGGCGCAGAGGAAGAGGCAAGUGGCGCAGGGGACAGGAAUCGAGACGCGCCGGCAGGUCGGGAGGCGACGGGACCGAACGGCCGCAGCCUGGAAGAAGCGCAGGGGGACCGGGAAGACGAAGGCGGCGACGGGAGUGCGGACUGGGAAAGCGACGGACGGGAAAUGGAAGAAGAACUCCAGCAGUUUAUUAUGAAACAGCGACGGUGUGACUACUUCAACACGUUGAACCACUUCAUUUCUCUUCUCAUCGAUGUCUCCAACGCCCUGGCUCUCGAACCGGAUCGGUCGCUGCGGCCGGUCCUCUUGAACCUCUUUCUCGAGAGUUUGAACAGCUGGAUUUUGUGUCGACGCCUGUACGUGACGGCGAUGGUCGGGACUUGGACCAUGACCGGAGUGACCAUUCCGUUCCACGAGGCUGGAUUCGACCUGAGCGAGUGGCAGAGCGUCCCUCACCGCCGGCCUUCUCCGCUGCGUUCGCCGCAUGCGUCUCUCUUCCCCGCGGCCGGGAGCGGCUCUAUGGGGAGUCUAGCACCGCAGGGCAGCACGCGGAAAAAGGCCUUCCGGGCGCGGGGAGAAGAAGAACGCGGCCCGCGGGGCCACGCCGGGGCAGGGGCCCCAGGCACGACGCGAGACGAUCAAAUCCACUCGCUGCAGAUUCUCCGCGUCGAUGUGAAGGAGUGCAGGGCGCUCAGUUCAAAGAAACGUGUGCCCUACUUGCUCGUGUUUGAAGUCGCCGAUCUCGACGAGGACCUGACGCAGUUUGAAGACUUCCACUUCGAGGCGGGCGCCGUGGCGGUAAACACGGUUGAUUUCCGCGAAGACGGAAGUCCCUCGAAGUCCAAAAAGGCCCCCGCGGUGUCUCCGUCCGGCCACCGGUCCCCGAGACCGCAGUCCCCCUCCAAUCUCUCCUCUGGCUCUUCGUGUCAGUCGCCUGGGGCGAAGGGAGGGAGAAGGGAGGCAGACGGGAGAGACGAGAGCCGAAGGGGUCGACCCUCCAGAGGAACUGCCACAUACCGCCAAGGCGAACAUGCAGGGACUGGAGGCAAACCCGCUGGUGACGGCGCGCCCGUGCUGGACUGGUCUUCUCUCUAUGUCUAUCAAGCGAUAGUUGAGGAACUCAAGUCCAGCUCUGAGGCGGCUCCGAGCGCCUCUUCUGAACCCCCUUCUUCGUCUCGCGGUUUCUUUGCUGGUUUGGAGUCUUUCUCCUUUUCUUCUUCUUUCUCGUCGUCUUCUCCUGUCGCGUCGUCGCUGGGAGCCUCCUUCGGGCUUCUACAGGCGAGUGGCCUCGGCAGCGCCAGCGCCCCCGGCCGACCCGCCGCGACCGCGGAGACAGGCGACGCACAGAGGGAUGACGAAGGCGCACAAAAGGGAGACGGCGAAGGAAGAUACAGGGUGGAGCCCGAACAGGCCGCGGACACUGCAGAGGGGUCUGCACUCGGGAGGGCGAAGCAAAUGAAGCCAUUAUGGGGAGAACUGUGGGCAGACAAGUGCGAGCGCCUUCGACGCCGGUCGCCGUAUGGACACCUGCGUUCGUGGGACAUCCGGUGUGUCUUGGUAAAGGGUGGAGACGACUUGCGCCAAGAGCUGCUCGCGUCUCAGCUGGUGCGACAGUUCAAGGCGAUCUUCGAUGAGGCGCGUCUCCCCCUGUGGCUCCGGCCCUACGAAAUCCUCGUUACUGGGUCCAACUCAGUUCGUGUUGCGGGUGCUGGCAUGCGGUUGGGCGCAGGCGUGAUGGAGUUCGUCCCUGACACGUGCAGCGUGGACGUUUUGAAGAAGCGGCACAACACGGAUUCGAUUGCUCGGGUCUUCGACGUCCUCUUUGCUGACAAUCCUUUUGAAGCGAAAAAGAACUUUAUUGAGAGUCAUGCGGCGUAUUCCCUUGUCUCCUACUUCCUUCAAGUCAAAGAUCGACACAACGGCAAUCUCCUCCUAGAUGUGGAGGGCCAUCUCAUCCACAUAGACUACGGGUAUCUUCUCUCGAACUCGCCAGGGAAUAUCAACUUCGAGACAUCGCCGUUUAAGCUCACGCAGGAAUACCUGGACGUGAUGGACGGAGAGACGAGUGACAACUACGAGUACUUCCGGACACUCAUCAUCCGCGGUUUUCUUGAAGCCCGCAAGCAUGCAGACCGAAUCAUUCUUCUUGUCGAAAUGAUGCUCUCUGCGACCAAGAUGCCUUGCUUUAGUGGUGGCCCGCAGUACACCCUCGACGCCCUUCGAGAGCGAUUCAUGAUUGGACUACCGGAAGAUACGUGUAUCGAGCGCAUCGUCGACCUCAUCGAGACGUCAGUCAACAAUUUUCGAACCGUCCAGUACGACAAUUUCCAGCGAAUCACCAACGGUAUUCUCUGA